GAUAUAUUAUAAAUUGUAGAAGAAAAUGGCGGAUCUCCGUGAAGGAGGUGAGGUUCGCUUGCAUCUAGACACUUUUCUCCCCGUACUUGGAUGAAGCUCUUACUGCAUUAUCUUGCUUUCUUGAGUCCCAAUAGAUUCAAGCUCAAUACCUGAGAACCUUUCUAAACGCGAAUGUACAAAUUAUAGUGUUUCAAAUGAUCUGCGAUUGAAGUGUGAAACGCGACGUGUGCGAACAACUGAACGAGAAUCUCUUCCAGCAAUAAGAAAUUCCGAGUACGGCGAUUCGUCAGAAUAUUCGAAAUUUUAAAGCGACUGACUCCGAUAUCUCCAGUAGCUAAAUUCGUCAUUCUACGAGAUCUUCCAUUCACGAGGACCCAAGAGAACGAGCUCUAGAGUAAUUCAUUGUAUUCCUAGCAGAUCUAAAUUCGUGUGGGUUGUUGAUCCCCAGACAUCUUGAUCCUAAUAUUACAGCUACCGUAACUCCGAGUGUCGAGAAUCAUACCUUCCAUUUCUCCUUCUCUUUCCCUGAACAUUUCUUUUCCAUGUACUUUUCUGUUCGCAGUCGACGCUACCAUUAUAUAUAAGUCACAGCUGGCAACAAUAUCCGUAUAUCUGUGUUUCAAGUGAUAUUUCGCAAUUACCACGAUAAUCUACUCUGGGAAUUUUCCGCUCUUGUCGUUUUUCAAAAGUUCGUGAAAAAUUUCCGAAUAACUCCUUCCUACGACUCGAUCGAGUCUUUCGCGGAGGUAAAACUUUCGCGUUUUUUCCUUCUUCCUGGGAGUCUGCUUUGUCGAUCGAUUCCGAACGAAAACCGUAACGAGACGUGCUGAUGCGCGUGCGGCUUCUCUAAAUAUAAGCAGAGCCGAAUCGUGACGCGUAGCAGGUAGCUUUGUUUCUACCGAAUGCCGACAGUCGCCGAGGGGCGGGCUAAUGUGAGACGAAGGAAGGGUCAUUCACGUAAUCGAAAAUCAAUCGCGUCGUACGUAUGCAAUGUACAUACGUGGGAUUUCGUAGGUAGAGCGUCGAGGGGGUGACGAUUGAGAUCCCGGAGUCGAGACGAGAGCUGGGAUGAUCUCGGCAUCUCCGUUACGGCCGCUAUGCAUACACGGCGGCCAUCGUGUAAAGCGUCCAUCGCCCGCCCUUCGCGUUGUCCACCGCAAUUAGAUCGCGCGCGCGAAUGCGACUCUCUAGCGGCGCUCUACACAGAAGAGGGAAUAGGCGAGCGGGACGGGAGGGGAAAGGGAGAGAAAGUCUAGUUUUGUAGGAGGACGUUACGGAAAACGAUCGCCCCCGUUUGGGAUAAAGUGUGAGAGGGCUGUACGACCGAGACGGGAGAGGACGGAAAGAGAGAAACAUUUUUCCUCGGUGCGUUAUUUUUUCCGAGUUUGCACGUAUUACAUAUACACGGUAUAAGCGCAUAUAUGUAUAUGUAAUAACGAUGAAUCGUCCAUGGCACGAAUCAGUGCUCCAUGCAAUACCGCUACUACCGGUCCUCGGCGUCGUGGCGCCCCUCUUUCGCCGAAAGUGUAUCGUCGUGAUCGUCGCGAGGGAAACCGCCCGUAGGAUCCUUGGCGACGCCGGGAUCCUGAUAUUCACAUCAAGUGAAUAACGGAGACCUGCGCGGGUCUCUCUACAACGCGAUAUCGCGAUCGCGAUCUCAUUCCGGUCGGACGAUCCUGAUGACGUAAUCCACGAAUGUUCGAGAGACUGAGAUUGCGUUACGUGGCACAUCCGCGUCAAGGUCGCGAGAAACUGUUUAGGCUCUCACACCUCACACACCUUUUUUUUUCUUCGCUCGAAUCAGCGAGGAGUCUCGUCGAUCGCGUCGAGCAAGAAACUACGCGUGACUAUAGUGAGGUGGUGACGAAACCGUCGUCGCUCGCCCUGCUCGGCUCGUCGUUCCCUUUAGAACUAAAAGACUGCUCGGGAGCGUCGAGUCGAUGUCAAAAAGGCACAUGCCGCGUGCGGAUGACGUAGAACAAUCGUAGUCGCAGUGAUUGUUCCGAUGUAGUGGCCUCCCGAGCUAUAGCUCGGGCGAUCGUAUACCAUAUAGGUGAAGGCGGUUGAGCAUUCCAAUUGCCCUCCGAUCGAGCCCAAAAUGCUCGAGAACCCUCGUAUGAUCGGAUGACUCAUGCAGCCGAAGAAAGGAAAACCGGACACAUCAGAGAGAGAGAGAGAGAGAGAGAGACCUGCAAUUCGUCUAGCCCGAAACAGGAGGUGUGUUACCUAGCUGUAAUCGACGUGCCUGACAUGUUAUCAGACAAAUAGGGAUUCAUGGGUUCUGCAUGACAAUUCACGUUAAUGGUUGACCAAAAUCAAGGAACAAGAUGGACGAAUACGACAAAAAGUUUGCAGAGAUGCAAAAAUACAUUCCAUUCCUGGAAGCGAUGAUCAAAAGGUUGCAAAACGUUAAGGAUAAAGAUAAUCGAGAAAAUCAAUUGCAGAAAAUGCAAAGUCUGCACGAAAUUUUAUCAAACAACAAGCAAAAGUUAAAGAUCGAGACGCUGGAACGUUGCGAACAUGUUUUGCAGAAGCUAUAUAAUAGAGUAGAAAAGUUUCAGGGAAAUACACCUGAUUUACAAUUGCAAUUUAAGCAAUAUGAUGAUCUUACGGCGCAACCCUCAACUUCAAAAGGGAAGUCAAAUUCGCGUAAGGAAGGAGAGCAAUCGCAAGAUGCGGAAAAAGAUAAGGAUAUUAUCGAGGAAACGCCAGCGAGUCCGGAUACAGCAAGAUCUUCCAGUCCAGAGUGCCAAAUUCUGCCUAUAAUAAUUCCCACGGAACGUGACGCGGCGCAGAACAAAGGCAGAACACAACAAAAGCAACAUCCUAAUAAAAUACCGGUUAUUACGCUUACGGAUAAUACAAAAACUAUAACUAUCUCGUCGCCGUCAGAAGUGGAGUCCAAUCCGGAUGAUGUUACAUAUACUGAAUGGGACAUGUUAGAGGACUCGGAAAGGCGUAACUUAAGAAAUAAAGAAAAUCGACCAUCUUUAUUGACCGCCGCUACUAGUCAUGACGUAGCAACUGCUGCGAAGUUAAUUAGUAACAGUCUGCCGCAAAAAGUCUGCGACAAUAGAAGUUAUGAAUUAGAUCCGCAAGAUAUACCAACUGUCCCGGUGCCUUCUCUCGGCGGUUCCAGGCGAUUGUCCUCGAUUCUAGAGAAAAAUAAGCUAAGUUUAGGAUCACUGAACAUAGUUGCCGCCAACUCUUCUAGAACGGAAUCGCCCGUUAAUGUUCCUGAAGUGAGACUUAAUUCACCCGAUCCUGAAAUAUUGUUUGCGAAACCUGUAGCCACAUCGCCCAGGUCGAAGGAUAGUUAUAACACAUUAAAACCUCCAUCAAAACCGCCAUCAAUACCGCUUCUAUUAUCGCCACCUUUGUCCCACGAGCCUCCAUUAUCAAUGGAAGAUCUGGCAGAAUUAUUGAGUGACGAUGGAGAUGAGAAAAGUAGUGAAAGUGCUACAAAGAAGAAACAGGAAAUGGAUAAAUCGAAGAAUUUUUCAUUAUCGGAGAGAGAAAAACUUGCCACUAAAAAAAAUUUGUCAAGUACAACAGGAGUUUCACCCGUGAAGUCAAGUGCCAUCUCAACAAUUGGGCCACCCCAUCAAUCGAACGAUUUUCACCGAUCAACUUCUGUAUUUCAGGAACCACGUUACGCAAAUAAUUAUGAGAGGCAUCCGCGUCAACGUGACACUUACUCUCAUGAAAGUGCGAAAGAUAAGUCAUCUGCUAGUCCCAUUAUUAUUGAUGAAAUCCCGUCUCAGAUAUCGGUUCUUCAUAACGCUGCAAAUAAGCCAAAUGAGAGAAAUAAUCCGUUAUAUCAGAGACGUCCCAGCGCGCCACCGGAAGGAUGGAAGGAUAUGAAUGUACCUAGACAAGAGACCGAAUUCAUGAUAGAUAACACUGACUAUUAUAGUAUGCAUUCGAAUCAGAUGCAUUGGUCUUCUGCCCCGGCUAGUAAUGAUCAUCAAUUUGGCAACACGCAAUGGACACCCUCCUCUUAUAGCGGAAUUACUAAUUCACCACUGCAACCUACUCAGCAUCCCUUUCAACGUCCGAUGGAGCCACAGUUUAGGCAAAAUCAGUUCCCACCGGCUCUACCCACUGGUCCCAUACCGUUGAUGAAUUCUACAAUUCUACGACCGCAAGAGAUGAGUCACGUGAGACCAGAAAAUAUUCGAGAAGAUAUACCACCCUCGAUUCCUCCUGGAUUCCCACAAUAUAGAGGUUUUCAAAUAGGUCAAGGAUCUUACGAUUCAGCUUCCGUCGGCAGACCGACGGAAUAUCCACAUGUUAGACCAACAUGGGAAGGUCCUUCCAAUAGAAUCAAUGAGACUACUCAUGAAAAUGUGAUUUCUUGUGGACCUCAGAUCGCGGAUAAUUCCACAGGAACUUCGUAUCCACGACCCAACACACCUUACCCUUGGGGCACGCGUGAUAGGUCUAACAGAAGUCAAGGACGAGAUGGAUACUAUGAAAGAAAUAGAACAGAAGUGAGGCCAAGUUUUAAUCGUGAUGUGCGUCGAACCGAUUGGUCGCGAGAUUCUCAUUCUGAGCGAGAAAAUCUGAAUCGUUUCCCAAACCGAGAUCCACGGAUUCGUACAGAACACAACGCGACAGGUGCGAAUCAGAUGCAGACCAAAGAUACUGGUAUUUCCGCCAGAGAUCCACGCCUUGCCAAAGAUAAACACGUGAACGCAACAACUAAAACCAAAGACACUAUGACCUCUCACAAUGAAAGGGAUCCAAGGAAACGGGAUCCUAAAUCGGUAACGGCGAAGGCGAUGGCGACAAAAGAGAAACCGAGUUCACAUAAAUCGUCUGAAAAGGAAAAGACGGACAAGUUCCUUAAAGACAGAAUGCAAUCACCAUUGGAAAGUCUUUACGGCGCAAUUGACACAAAAGCCAGUCAAAAAUCUGGUUUGCAAAAGUUUAAAAUUCCCAAAAUUAAGCGAUCGGAACCGCCACAGUUAAAUCGCAUUAUUAAUGAAGUAAAGGAUACUGAAAACACUUUGUCCAAACCGCCCCGUACAAAAAGUAGCAGUAACAAAAACAAUAAAUUGUGUUCUAAUAAAAACAAGGACGUUGCAAGUGCUGAAGUGAGCAGCAGUAGUGAUGGUAAUCGUACAACGGAGAAUUUGAUUCAGCAAAACGAUGGUACAAAGGAGAGUAAGAUUACUUCAUCAUCUCUCGAUAAAUCUGACAAUAAUGAAGCAGACUCUGCAACAAACAAUUCCCAAUCUAGUGAUGUCGCAAAAAAGAGCAAGAAGAAGAAGACCGAGUCAGAAGCGAACGGAUCGAAACCCAAGAAAGAGGUGACGCAGGAAUGGAUUGAGGCACUUAUUAGGAAAUCGUUUGAAUCCGGUGAAGGCAAGAAACUAGUUGAACAAGCAAAACUGUUACAAAAGCUUGGAGAGGCAUUAAAAGCGAAAAAAUUCAAAAAAAUAAAAAAAAUUAUCGAAUCUGAAUCUGAAAGCAGUUCAGACAAGGAUGAAACGGUCGAAGCAAAAAAGACUCAAUCUAAGAAAAAAAGGCGAGUAAUAGUGUCGGACAGCUCAGAUGAUGAGUGUCUUGCGGAGAGACUCGGUAUUUUAAAUACCGGUACUGAUAUAAACGAUGAGAAAGAAAUAGCUUCUGUAAUCUCCACGGAUCCUAAACAUUCGGAAGAAAAACUCGAACUAACAGCAUUCAGUAGUAAUUCGAGCAAAGAGCUACCAAAAACUAUUUCUGCGAAGGAAUUACGGAUUCGUGACGAGGAAUGUAUUCGAGUAGAUAAUAGUAGUAAGAAUAAGAAUAUGGAGAAGAAAAAUGAUAAAAACGAUUGUUUAGAUGGUUAUAAUGAUAAUACUAAUGUUCAGUCAGAAAGCGAAAAACUAAUAAGUAGUGAAGGUAGAAUAGAAGACGGAGAGAUGAAACAAACUGAAGACAACCAAAAAACAGUGGAUAAAAGCAUCGCAAAGAAGUUAAAGGAUAGUACAGAAAGUAGUAUAAAACGUUUGAAUCAAGAUAGUGCAAAAAGUAAUACAGAAUUUUUGGAUCAGAGUCAGGAUCAGACAGCACAAUCUCUUGCUUCUGAUAUUACGAGCCAAGUUGAUGAAGUUUCGAACGAUAAACCAAAGACAAAAACAAAGAGAAGAAAUUCUUUGGAGAUGUUACAAGAGGAUAUUAGGGAAAUGUUCAUCAGCGAAGACGUAGUAAUGGCGACAGGUUAUCGGAUGUGCCGAUUGUCGAAGGAAGGUCAGUCGUCCUCGGGGAUGAGCUCGAGCACGUUAUCUAUGAAUUCUAAGAAAGACGAGACAUCAAAUAUUACCGAGAAAAAUACCGAGACGAAUGAGUCAGUAACGAGCAAUAAACCGAGGAAGAGUUUAAGAUCUCGCAAUGUUGAAGAGUCGAGUAAAUCGAAGGCCAAGAACAAACGGUCGAUUCGCAAUUUACGCUUACAGAAAUCAGCUCUAAAUUCUGACAGUGAAGAAGACCAACCGUUAGCUUUGCGAACAGAAAAGUUGCGUAACAACACGCCGAAUCAAGAAAUAGAUCACAGUGAGGAAAGCAAUGACGCACUUCGCAAGUCUAAACGCGUCGGACAUAAAGACAUUCUUAAGGAACCUCGAGUGCUUGUGGAAAAGGCAGAUAUUACUAAGAUAGAUGCAUCCAAGAUAAUGUUUGAUAGCUCGUCCGAUGAGAGUUUUGGCAUAGAUGUGUCCGAGUUAGCCGCGGCGGUAGAUAUCUCUCUUCGACCAGACAAACAGUCUGAUCAAGACUCGGUAGAAACUGUGGUUACUUUAAGGAGACGGAAAGGUACAAAAAAUGUCCGUAAACGAACUUCAAAAUCGAAGAAGUCGUCUGCGCUCACCGACGAUAAAAGUGAAGAUGAGUCAUUCACAGACGAGGAGAGUAUUAUAUCAGACAUUUCUAUGUCGAGCAACACGACUAUUAAGAAGAAAACGAACGGUGGUGCAGCUAGAACAACCGCUAAGGAGGAGCUUUUGAGCAACAUUCUGAUUGGGUUGGUGCCAACGACGGAGAAGAAUACAUCGAUCGACAAAGGUAAUGAAGCAGACUAUGAAGAAGAUGUGAAUGAUUCGUCAGUGAUCGAACCGUGCGCGAAAAAAUCCUUAGUAAAAAAGAAGAAGAAAAAAUCCAGUUGGCAGAUGGGCAUAGUUACUACUAAAAAGAGAAAAAAGAAAACUGCUUCAGGAGUUUCUUCCAAAACUGCUCAAACAAGUGUUGAAGAGACAAAUACUGAAUCAAAUAUUUUGAUGAAUACUGGACAAGCUGACCAAUCAAUUUCACGAGAUAACAAGCCUGCAAUGGCAGAGAAAAUUCCUGAAAAGAUUGUUGAGGACAACCAUACUCUGAUUGACGAUACGAAUAUAGAUUUUAUAGUAAAACGUGAGUUAAACGAAAUUAAUUCGCUUGUAAAUAUGGAUAACUUCGGUAUAGAUUUUAAAGACUUAGGCAACUUUUCUGCGUUAUCAGAAUCCUCGGGUGCACUUAAAGAAACACUCAACGAGUCGUUUUCUAUCGAGGAAAGUAAACCAUUGAUAAAAAUAGAAAAGGCAAUAGAUUCGAGUAGCGCUGAUCUUAGUGCAACGAGUACUACUAAUUUGCAUACUGAUAUUGCGAACAAGUUCUUCAAGGAAUCGUCAAAAGUCAUUUAUGACGAACUGAUGACGGAACUCUUCCACAGGAUAGAUAUUAAGCAUCUGAUAGACUACGCGUGGGGCGGUCAAGACAAGUACAAAUGUUUGUUAUGCUUUUUUACGGGCAAAAACAUCGUUCAUCAUUAUAAGGUCACUCAUCCUGGCAAAGAGGUACUUAUCUCACGUCUGAAAUUGAUAGAUGCUGAGACUGCGAUUGUAGAAACCGAACGUAGCUCGACAUUAGCAUCCACGACAAAGACGAACGAUCAGAUGUGCAAGUUCCGCUGCAGAUUUUGUUGUUUUGUCACGGAAGGCGCAGCGGACGUGGCACUCGAAGCGUUCUACGAGCACUGUACCACACAUACAGGUGAAUACAGGUUUCACUGCAACAAUUGUCCUUACCAAGCGGUGGCCAAAGCGUCCAUGAAAACGCACUAUUACAAGGUAUGUCGCAGGGAGAAAACAUUUAAUGAAUCUGCGUCGGAGGAUAUUAUACCGAAGGAAGGUGGUAUCUAUGGCUACCUAUGUAGCGGCUGUAAUUUUGUACAGCUGAAGCGACAGCAUGUAGAAGCUCACGUUGCAUUCUGGCAUCGAGAACAAAUAGGUACUGAGAUCUUGAAGAUCAAUAUGUCAGCGGUUGAACAUGCUGCGAGUAACAAUGAGCAAUUACACGAACGAGCGUCCAUUAACACUGAGGAAUCUUUCACCGCAGAAACAAAGCCACAGGUUUCUGAACUUGAUGUGUCGUCGACGGGUAUCACAACGGAAUCUAAGGGUAAAGAUGCCAAUACCAAUGAAUAUAUUCUGUGUGAACCGAAGACUGAGGAAAAUAUUGAAAUCAAGGAAGAAGAAACUGAGGAAAGACCGAGAUUGUCUCAAGGGGAACCGGAAGGACCGGUAAUUACUGGUAAUCUAAGCGCAUUCGUUUGUCCGCCUGAAUUUGAAAACAAGGAAAUUGAAAUACAACGGGAGCGGCAAAAAACGAUGCAAGAGCUUGCCAAUAAUAUCGGUAUUCUGUUAAAAAAUUCUAAACCGAGCUUAUCCAUAAUAGACAAACUACAGGACAAAAUGCGUACGGACGUGGUCGUUAGUCCAGUACCUGAAAGUAACACGUUAGCGAACAUUCCAGAAACAAAGGAAAAUCCUUCAUUGUCUUUUGUAAGCACAUCUGAAGAACCUUUGAAAUCCGAAGAGGAAUUAAUUGUCAAAGAAGACCCCUUAAGUCAACCGAGCACUCAAGAAGAUCCUCUUUCUCUUGCUGAGGAACAAUUGAUAGCCGAUAAAGAAGAAGGUAACGAGGUAACGAACGACGGAGACGACAAGGUGGAUAUGAAGAUCCGGGAUCCUCUUGCAAUCAUGGAUCCAUCCAAGGAUAACGAAAGUGAUAGUGAAAACAGUGACAACGAACACGCGGCACCAGUUUUCGAAUCGGAUUCCAGCAGCGAGCAAUCAGAUUCUGAACAAACCGACGUGAAUAUGAUCUUAAAGGAAACGUCAAACAUGAACGCGUCUUCGUCACGAGAUCCAAUGUUGACGACGAUACAGAGGCUUGCCGCGCAGCUUCAGAAUGUCAAACCGUUGGAGCCGAUGCCCGAACUUGAUAUUAAAAUGGAGAUCAAAACCGAACCUGAGUUUUUCCCGAAGCCACCGAAUGUCGUACCGAUCGCUGAUGCCAAGCAUUUAUUGGAACAAAACGCCGAAAGUUCAAAAAAGGAAACAUCUACAUCAGCAUCGUACAGCGACGAAGCCAGUUCUUCGACCAAGAAUUUUAUAAGAUUUAGGCGAUUGAGCGGCGACAUGCUGUCUAUGCCAACUCAAUCUUUGGAUAGUCCGCAAGAGGAUCCGCAAGAGUCUAACGCAGAUGGAGCUCAAUCGGACAGUGCAGUAGACGCACAGCAAACGGACUCGGAGGAAGGGUGUUCGUUUCUGAAGAUCGAAAAUGUAGUUAGCCUGGCUCCACGAUCUGAUAAUAAUGAAAGCCAUAUUGUAAAUGAUAUUAGGAAAGUGGUCGAGAUCUCUCCUACGAAGAGCAAAGAAAUAUCUAUCCUGAGAAAAUCUAAUCAACCUUUAAUACUGAAAAAAAUUAUUUUACCGCAACCGCUAAUAAAUACAAACGUGCAAGCUCCGAAACAAUUAAUGACCACUUCAUUGGCAAGCUCAUCGACUUUGAAUUGUGGUUCAAAAAAAUUCAAAUUGAUACGUACACUUAUGCCAUCAGGCGUUACCAAGGAAAUUGCACCUCUUUCGAUUAAAUUUAAGUCUGCAGACGCAUACGCAUUAAUGCUAACAAAGCCGAAACUGUCUCACUUUUACAAGUGCAUGGAUACCAAUUGCGAUUUCACGACUGACGUCGAAACAGAAUACGCUAAUCAUUAUUUAAAGCAUUACAUAGAAGCUAGCAAGGCGGUUAGCGCGACACCACGCGAUUAUGAGAAGUGCGCUUAUUGCUACGCUUCUUGGAGCGAUUGGCUCGCAAUGAAAAUUCAUUUGUGGGAGAAGCACAGCCAUUGUCGAUAUCAAUGCGGCUACUGCUUUUAUCGAGCUGUUGUACCGUCCUAUGUACAACAACAUCAAAUGACUUGCCACCCUGGCACCGUGUAUUACAGUUUAGUAGGCAAGGUGAUCAAGCCAGUCCCGAAACAGGAAAAUAUUAAUCGCAGUGAAUAUGUACAACCUUUUAUAUGCAAAUUUGAUUGCGAGAAAAUCUUUUAUAUACCUGAAGCAUUUAUCACGCACUUGAAGACAAAACAUUCAUUUUCAAUGUUUUACAAAUGUCAUUUGUGCCACACUUCGCAUCGCACGAUAGAACUUCUUAUGGCUCAUUAUAAAUCGCAUGAAUAUUGCAAAUAUCAAUGCUUAUAUUGUUUAUUUGGCCGCAAUACUCUAAAUGAAAUGCAUCAGCAUUUGAGCGCUUUUCAUUGCAAUCGACUACCUCAGGUUCUGGAACGUUCGCUUCCUCAAAUGUUACCACGCGAUAAGGAUGUUAUACCACAGCUCAUUUUGCGAAUUUUUGACCAAAAAUCAAUUGAAGGAAGCAUAGAUUCAAACGCUGACUAUUCCAAAAACAAUACAACUAAGAAAAACGCAACAAACGAUCAAAUUUCUGCAGCUUCGUUAAACGUUAAGAAUUUAAAUAAAGCUCAAUCUAAUCAACCAAACACUCCAUGGAGACACAAUGUCAUUGAGACAAUUAGUGACAAUUUAAGAAGCACAGAAACUAAUGCUGAUGUUUCGAAUAUCUCAACGAAACAGCCUGCAGAUGUAUCUCUCACCAAUGUUAAUGAGAAAACGUGUAAUAAUGUGGCUGAAAAACAGCUUUUACAAAAGGAGUUGUGCCUACAAUCUGACAAAGAAGAAUCAGGCCAGAUUCCUCGGGAACCCGAAUUAGAGCUGCUAUCAUCCAUAAAUGAAUCUAGCAUGGUCAAUCCACUAAAAUUGUCAGGUGAAUUUAAUUGCGACGACGAAUUCGUAAACACCAAUCUUCUUGAUAACGCAGAGUUGUUGAAAAAUUUUACACCCAAUUCUGGUAGCAAGUUGUCCAAGUCUCAGGAUAAAACUGAAGAUAGUGACAUCGAGAUCUUGGAUAGCGAAGAGAAAAUUGCCGCGCGGCAAGAAAAUGUUGAAGACAAUGUAAAGAAAAUAGCAAAGCCGGUGACUCUCGAGCCGAAAAUUAAAAAAGACAAAGAACAGAUUGCAGAUAUUAACGAUACUAGUGAAACGAGUACGUCCGAAGAUGCGCCAUCACAUACCGCUAAUAUGGCUGCUAACACUCAGUCAGAGAAACCUUUGACAUUGGAUGAUAUUAAACACACCGGCUUUACCGGAUAUGAAUUAUAUAAAUGCGGCUAUUUAAAUUGUAAUUUCUCAGCGUUCUCAUCAAUUUCGUUGAAAGCGCACAUUAAGACAUGCAAUCUCAUAAAAGGAGAGCCUGUCAAAAACUUAUUUUGCCCGCAUUGUAAAAAACGUUAUGUUAAAAUUGGCUUACUCCUAGAGCAUAUAAAGAUUCACGGAUUAAAACGUUUUGAAUGUUCGAUGUGUAAGCGUAGAUAUUCGGUUUCGUAUCAAGCCACAGCUCACAUGAAGCAAAAACACAAAUUGUUCAGUACGAAGUUAGUACCUGCCGAUCCAACAAACCCGUCGGCCGAAGGCCUCUUUAUCGUGCAACCAGCUCCUUCUGGAUCUGCUGAACGAAGAACUAAGAAGCGUAAAGGCGCCAAGUUUGGAACGGAUCAAAAAAAUGAAAAGUCUACGGACAACGAAAAAUUAUCAUUUAGUCCCGACGAGAUAGACCAAUUACCGCGUCAAGCAAUUUAUAAUCGGGAGGUCCAGUGUGCCGUAUGUCCUUAUACAACUAAAGUUCGAACGAACAUUAUCCGGCAUUUGAUGUUACACGCGAAAGAUGAGACUGUACCCGAAAGUGGUCCAGUCAAUCCUGUUCCCUGUUUAGAUAAGAAAGAGAAAAUGUUUGAUAAAAUGGUGAAUCUAGCGAGCAGUUCGCAUCAAAACGGUCGUAUGGGUCCAAAACCAAAAGAAUCAAUUAAAGAAAGUGAGGAGGACGAUAGUAUACCCAAGUUUGUACCGGAACACAAAAGGUACGUGUGCGGUGUUGCCGAAUGCAAUUACUUAACGGUAGACGAGGCAAUGUUAAGGUAUCACUUGAAAGCUCUUCAUUCUGAAGAGCCAUAUUUCCGUUGUCCACAUUGUCCUCCACCCUCACCGGGUCAAGAGAAUCAAAAUAUAGCGAUCGACAAAAUGGGCAUACAUUUAAAAAUGCACGAUACGAGACUUUAUAAAUGCUCCCAUUGCAAUCAUCAUCAUUAUCAUAGGCACGUCGUGGAGCGGCAUCUUGCCGACAAGCAUGCGGAGAAGAGACCUUUUGUGAAAGUAAUAAGAGAAAUUGAGAACAAUGAGAACGUUCAACAACCGGUCCAAGAGGAGACCGAGGAGGAGGUACCUGAUCCGGAUGGUAAUCAUUGGAAAUGCAAUCUUUGCGAUUUUAAAUGUGUUUAUAAAGCUGAUGUAGCCACCCAUGCUGAUACGGUUCAUAACGAGAGCUCCCAAUACAAGUGCACUCUGUGUUCAUUCAAAACGAGCGGAAAAAUACUUUUCGAGCAGCACGUAAACAGUAAACAUGCAUGCGAUACCAAUGUCGAUUAUACUCUGAUAUAUCAGAGGAUAAAGGGUGUCAACAAACGAAACACAGAAGCUACGGAGCAAAGCGGGCAGGACGAACCCUUCGAUACGACGCCACUUUGGAGAAGGAAUAUGCCACGAGUUCGACAUAUCCGCGGAAUUCUCUUGGAAGACGAGGAGAUUGAAGAGCCCGCGACAAGUGAAACAACUUCAAAAGUGUCUUUAGGCAAGCGCAAAAGUGACGCCGAAGUUGUAACGAAACCGGCUAAGAUAAAAUCGACCGGAAAAUCAACAUCUCUCGACGAAAAUAACAAACAAUCGAAGGAAAAAUCGAAACGAUCGCUCUCGUGCGAGACAGAAGGCGAGGGACAAAUUACGAAAGAGAACGCACAGAGUAAAAGCGAUUCGCGCGGCGUCACAAUCGGCAGCAAACUGACUAGAGAUUCGCAAAUGGGUGAACUGAGUGAUGUUAAUGAUUCUGACAUGGGUAGAUUUGGACCUUACGGCAAACCGGAUUUCAAUCUGUAUGUCUGUACACUGUGUAAUAAUUUUAAGACAAGAUACAAGCACGAUAUGAGAGAUCACCUUUAUAGGGAAUUGAAGUAUCCUAGGUGGCACUGUAAGACUUGUGGAUAUUUAUCGGUAAAUCGUAAAUCAUUGCUGCAGCAUUUUGGAAAACGUCAUAAUGGGGAAAGUCCCGAGCACGAACCACUUUCCCCGGAUAAUAUGAUUGAGGACUGGGUAAUGACUUUAUUGAAAAGACAAACAGAUAUGAUCAAGGCUGCGCUUCGCGGCACGAAUGUCCACAAAAUUACAGCGACAUCCACUGGUGCAAACUCUUCAAGUCCAAACGUUAGUCCCGUAAAGGUCUCGACUGACAAGAAAACUGUGAAUCUUGCAUCUGCGAUAACCAAUCUGCAAAGUGACAUUCUCGAAGAGAAUAGAAGCAGCAUAGACACUGACGGCGACAGCCAAGAUGAGGAACUUGUAAUUGACAUGAAGGAGGAUGAGGAUAGGAGCAAUGACGAUGGAUCCGAGAGCGAUAAACUUCGUGAGAAGACCGAUGACGAUCUGGAAAAGCCGAUUGUCUGUAAACACUGCCAAAUGACAUUCAGCCGCCAGCGCGGAUUCAAAUUGCAUGUACAGUUUUCGCAUUUGAAACGGUUCACCUUUCUGUGCCCUUAUUGCGAUCGUAGUAGCAACUCGGAAGUGACAAUACGCCAGCACAUCCAUGCAAAACACCCGAACGAUCCAGAAAAGGUUAUACACAAUCCGGACGCGUGGGGAAACGCUAAACUGAACGACGAGUUUUGGGAGAAAGAAUAUGGUCUCUGCCCACUGAAAACGACGAAAAAACGGAAAUUGAACGUGGAAAGCAACGCUGCCGCUUCCACAGCCGCAAUUUCCGUUUCCACCGGAUAUCGCAUAGAGAAGUGCGAGAUCUGCAACUUUACAGCCAUGAAUCACACCGGACUGACGAGCCACAUGAGGAUACACGCUAACAAGCACAAUUUCAAGUGCAUGCAUUGCACCUAUACAUGCAUCUACAAGGCGGAGAUGUUGGAGCAUUGCGAACUAAAUCAUCCCAAGAUAAAAUGGAAAUUCAAGGAAAUUCAACUGUUGUCGACGACUGGCUCUCCCUCCGAUGAGACGAAAAAUAAACCGUCUACAUCCCAAAAAUCGAACGUUGACGCGUCGAAAAACGUGGAGGAGGAACGCGAUCCGGCGCAGUCAAUCGUGUACUACGGCUGUUUCUAUUGUGAUCUUCGCAGUAACUCACUAUCGUCUAUUAAGCAGCACUGGAAUCUCAUGCACAAAGAAUUAAAGAGUUCAGACACUACUUUCAGCACAAAAUUACCAUUUAGAUACAAAGAAAUAUCCGUGCAGAAAUUAUCAAUUGUAAGCCCCACAAAAAAAGACGUCACCAGACAUGAAACAGAAAACUUGUCGCCGCUCGUCGUUCAAUUGCACGGAUGGAUUUGUCAAUGGUGCCAAGAAUUUUGUGAGACCAAUAAUGAUAGAAUAAGGCAUCAGAACAUGUUUCAUUCGCACUUACCACACAAAUGGCAGAAGCAACAACAGAAGGCGCAGGAUCAGUCGAAAGAUAUAUCAGUACAAUUGUCCGAAUGUAGUGCCGAGAAGUAUGCACGUCUCACAACGAAUUCGAAGAAUGUAUCAGGCUUUGAGUCGAUCGUAGAGAACUUAAUCACGAAACAUGUCAAGACCGAAUAUAGUGAUAUGAAGAACAAAAAUCAGAGUCGUAUUUUGGACACCUCGACAUCAGAAGGAGAUUCCAGCGAUGGCCUUCAUGGUGUUGCGAGAAAAUCCACUACCAAAUCGGUCAUCUCAUAUGCGAGACCGGGUCCACGUGUAUUUAAAGCUGUCGCGCGGAAAUCCACGAAUCCAAGACCAAGCGUUUUUACUGUGCCGCGUUUGCCGCCAGCGGACGACACAGACACAGAAUUCGAAGAGGAUGAGGAAGAAGAGGAAGAAGUGACACGGAAUAAACCAUUUUCGUAUUAUGGAAAACCAAGCAGCCCGAUUAAUCUCGCUGAGCUGAACACGCAUAUGGUGGUCGGCGGCCACAAUAUGAGGGUAACUUGUCUUAAUCUCGCGACAUUGAUUGAUAUCAAGCCAAAAGUACUAUUGAAAGAUAUCAGGAAAGAUCCUAAAUAUGUCGCUAGUCUGUCAAAUUUGGAUUAAUGUCACAAUAAUAAUUCUUUCAAUGAUAUAGAUAUAAUUUUCGUGUCAUAUAUCUGAAGUUCAAGAUUUUUCAAUCAUUAUAAACUAGGAAAUUGCAAAAACUCCAGUUACACAAUUUCUGUAUACGAAUACUGAAAACUUAUUUGUAAUGAUAAAAAGCAAAAGCAUACAAGCAUCUUUUAAUUGAAACUGUAAAAAUCAUAACUUAAUAUUAAUAUCACUAAUAUUUUUUUGCCCCGAUUAAAAAAAAACGACGUGUAUAUAUUGAAAAUAAAAAUAUGAUUACAGUUGUACAUUAGGAAAGAAGGUCAAACCAACUAAUACAUCAUAAAAUCAUAGGAUGUUUUAAUUUAAAAUGUAUCGUCUCGAAUAUAUGUUUGAUGUGAUACUUUUAUAUAUGAAAGAAUUGUCUGUUAAAAAUCUUGAAUUAUGUUAAAUUUAUGAUUACACAGUACAGUUUACACCGUAAAUUGCUGAAAAGUCAAAAUAAAACUUUUUAAUACCUUUCAUAAAAUCACAGCUACAUUAGUCAAUUUAGUACGAUUCAAUAUAUAUUCACAUUUGGAGUAACAGUGCACGUAAUAUUUUUUUGUUAAUGUAAAAUGUUACGAAGUUCUCUUUUUUGUGCUAUAUAAAUAUGUAGAUUUUAUUUAAAUAUUCUAUUAUGCUUUAUUUUUAUGAAACUAAGGUAAAAUAGAUAUUUUUAAAGUUAUGUUACAUAUUAUUUCAGUAACGAAAUCGCAUUGUAUUUAGGUACACAGAAAUAAUACAAUCAGAUUAUUAUAGUGUAAUUUCCAGUCAUCACACACACAUUCAUUUUUCAUCAAUUUGAUUUUAGUAUUGAUUUUAGUCUAAUAGUAAAAAAGAUUUUUUUCUGUGAAAAUAAAAGACUGAUAAGCGUCCUAUUACUGUAAUUACGUAAUAUGUAAUAGUUUAGUAGUAAUUUUUAAAGUUGUAAAUAUAUGUACCAUAUCGUAAAUAAAUAUUUUUGAUUUUUAUAAA